AUGGACGUCUCAACAGCAACGAGUACAGUGUCGUACCCGUCGAUACCUUCCGAAACCGAAAACUCGACCCCCGCUCACCUUGACCGGUCUACAUUUCCACGCACCGUCACUCUACCCGAUGAGAAAAUCCAUAUCGAAUUGACAUACGACCCCCUCAGUGCUGAUACAGCAUUAUCCUACACCAGUUCCCCCGCAGCAGGCGCAAAUGUGUUUUUCCUAGGGACACGCGAAAUACAUUCGACGGGCAGCAAAGAGAAACACGGGCUCAUCGCCGUGAGCAUCUCCCAUAGGCUGGGAACUGUGGCCGUUGGGGAGGCGUCGAUUUUAAUUGCUGUCAGCUCGGGGCAUAGACGUGCGGCUUGGAGAGCCGCCGAGGAGAUCCUGGAUGAGUGCAAGGCCAAGGCCGAGAUCUGGAAACGUGAGGAGUUCGUUGGUAGCAAACCGGAGGACGGAGAGUGGAGGGCAAAUAAGGAUUGGGAUGGGGAGGGAAUCUAG